AUGGAAUCCAAAGACCACACUAUCAAAGAACUCUCCAGGAUUCUUGGCAGCAGAAAAACUCUCUAUGAUUAUUUUAAAGGCAGGCAGCAUUUUUUACUUCCAGACUACAAAAUAAUAAGCCUAGACUAUCUUUACAAGCUUAUGUCAGGUGAAAAGCUUGCAUUGUCUCUUUCAGACGUUAAGUCAUGCUUAUCUUCAGAUAAAAUAAGUUUAUCCCGAGAAAGAAUGCAAAAAUACUGUUUAUCUCACGAAAUUAUCAAUAAAUAUAUGCCAGAAACUCCUGUUGACAAAGAUUUUAUUAUAAAAGUAAUAGCUGCUCUUGAUAAUGAAUAUUACAACAAAAUAUUUGAAAUGUCCAAAAGCAAAUAUAUGAGCAAGGAAAAAAAUAUGAGGAGGCUAAGGCAGAUUAAAGUAAUAAAACUAUGCCCGGAAUUCGGGAGAAUUUUAUUUUUGAUACCAAAUAUGGUUAAAUCUGAUGAAUACACAAUUGCCCCUACAAUUGAUGAGAUUGAUAAUGAUACUUUUCAGUCCCCAGAAGAAAAUCUAACUGACGACAUGAAGAGAAAAGAAUAA